AUGCUCUCGCCGACGUUUUUGCUGCGGCGCCACCGCCUCUUCCACCCACGGCGAGAGACGAUUCCGCUGCACAUGAGCCCAGCAAAGUCCAUGUUUCCGCUCAUCAACAGCAGCAACCUCCUCGCGAAGCCGCGGAAUAACUGGCAAGAUUUUGCCGGUAGGAAGGAGUUCGACGAGGACCACCCGCUACCAGUUGUCGGCUCGCGGCUGAACGAGCGGACGACGCAGCAUAAAUGGAGCCACUGGGAUCAGUACCUCAAUCCGCAGAUCACGCAGUCGGUGAGAGACCUCACGCCAACGCCAGAGUACGUAGGCUUGCGUAGCGGUCAUAACAUGAUUAAGAUGGGCUGGAUGAAGAUCGGCGGCAGCUGGAAGUACUCGCGUGGGUACAAUGACAGGCGCAACGUGUUUGCACGUGGCCAAUGGCAGGAGCGCAAAAUGACGCCACGCUUCAUGCUUGCACCACGUGUCUCGGCCGGUGGCCCUCGCAAUCGUUACGAGGGAAAGUUGGUCUUCUCUCGCCUUAAAUUGAGCAAGCUGCUCUGGGCAAUUGAUACGGGCCGCAUUAACCCGAAUGAGGUCAUUACGCUGUACCACCUUCGCGAGGCCCACGUGGUGGCGGAGCGCGAAAUUGUGUGGCCCGGCUUUGUCCUUGUCACGGGCGGUGUGACGCGUGUGCCGUACCCCAUCCACAUCGAGCUGCAGAACGCGUCCGCGGAGAGCAUCCGCCUUAUUGAGGCGGCCGGCGGCUCAUUCACCGGCGUGUACAUGACGCACGAGGGCCUCUACCAGGAACUCCACCCCGACGAGUACCCGGUGUUCAUGGAGCAGGAGAUGCCGGAGCGCAAAGGCCUCGAGGGCCUCGCGACAAACCCCCGCAAGCGCGGCUGGCUCGUCCGCUGGUACGAGGACGAGAGCAAGUACGCGCACCCCGAAGCCGGGCGGCGCCACUCACAUUACGUGCGGCCGCCCACGGACCGCGACUUCCCCGCGACUGUGGAGGAGUACGAGAUGGUGAAGCACCACCAGAAGUGGCACCUCAACCAGCCCGGGACCGGGACGCUGCUGCCGUGGCACUCCUUCAACACGGCAGAUCUCGCGAAGAGAUCAUCGGGACACCUUUAA